UGCGCUGAGCUAUUCGCUUAUCUUAGUUUUGUGAGAACCAAAGGGCCGUGCCGAACCACUCAUGAUUUCAAAGGCACUGCUUUUCGUUAUGAUGUUGGUGCAGAUUCAGGGUGAACCGCAAGGUCCUGCAUAUUUACCUCCGAGUGGCAGACCAGCUGGUGGUGGAUCUGGUCAUCCUGAUGAUUGGGCUGGGGAUCCAGUGAAUUAUGAAUUUUCUUACGAAGUUCAAGACACAGGACUUGGAGUAGACUUUGGACACAGAGAAAAUCGAAAAGACGAAGAAGCAAAAGGAUCUUACCAUGUUUUACUUCCGGACGGUCGGACACAAAUUGUCGAUUAUGUUGCUGAUGCUGGGGGUUAUCGUCCAAUGAUCCGUUACGAAGGAACAGCAACAUAUCCAGCAUCUGGCUCUGGAGCUGAUGAGGGUUACAAAUAUUGAUAACCUACAUAAUAAUCCUUUCAUUUCUGUAAUGGUCGUGAUGAUUAAUAAUAAUCGUAUAAUAUUAAAAAUCAAGAGGGAUAGAAAUAGAAAGAAUUACAAUAACGACUGAUAAUCAUUUAACGUAUCAAUAAUUUUUUUUUUCAUCGGUACUCCAUUUAUUGUGUCAAUAUGUUCGAAUAAUAGACGUGCUAAAAAAUGUUUGCUUUUUUGUAGAUAUUAUACAAUUAAUGUCUCAUUUUAGCUGUCGAGUUUUAUAUCUUAUUAUAUACUUAGCUUGACAACCGCGAGAGAUCGACACUUGCUGGGUCUUUCACUUUCAAAUCACCUCGCUUCGUUUAACAUUUGCAACAGUUUUUUGUAAUUUAAAAAAUAAAAUUUCUCAAACAAAUAAAAUCAUUGAUAAUAAAUU